CUCUUUCUCUCUCCAAGAGCGCCUCUCUCUCGUAUCUUUAAAACUCUCUUUUAUCUCUCUCUAAGAAACCCCUCUCCAAAACACAUAAAGUUUGUACCUUUCUCUCUCUACAACCCCUUCUUCCUUCACAUGGUUCAGACCCAGAUAGCAAUUGCCCUGAAUCAAUAGAUAGAUCAUCCAUGGCCCCAACAAGGAAGAAAAGUGUGAAUAAGCGGUUUCUGAAUGAGGUAUCGCCUGAAAAAGAAGUCAAGAGUUCAAGCAAAAAUAAACAGCAGGCGAAUGGGAAGAAGAAAUUGUCCGAUAAGUUAGGAACUCAGUGGAGCAAAGCAGAACUUCAACGAUUUUACAAAGCAUAUCGGGACCAUGGAAUGAACUGGAAGAAAGUUGCUGCUGAAGUGCGCAACAGAUCUGUGGAAAUGGUGGAGACACUUUACUAUAUGAAUCGGGCAUACUUGUCUCUUCCAGAGGGAACGGCUUCUGUAGUUGGGCUUAUAGCUAUGAUGACCGAUCACUACAGUGUCCUGGAAGCAAGUGAGAGUGAACGAGAAAGCAAUGAGGUACCUGGAGUGCUUAAGAAACUUCAGAAACGUAAGCAGCCAAAAGUGCAGCUUAGUGCAUCAAAAGAAGAUCUCCAGCAGUCUCACAUGGUUGCAUCAACUGAUGGAUGCUUAUCAUUUUUAAAAAUAGGAUAUGGCCGUCCACUUCAUUCAGUUGGGAAAAGGACACCUCGCUUCCCUGUCUCUCAUCAGCACAAGAAAGAUGAAAAUUAUGUUUCACCAAAGAAGAAGCGCAGAAAGUCAGAGAUCAAUGCGGAUGAUAAUGAUGAUGAACAUGUUGCUGCACUGACAUUAACUGAGACAUUGCAGAGAGGAGACUCUGCCCAAGUGCCUCAAACACCCCAUAGAAGAACAGAACAUAUGAAAUCAUCACCUGUUCAAAGCUGGGAUAAGAUGCCAGAAUCAUCUCCAGAAAAUCUUUGUGAUGCUUCCAUAUAUGAACACUGGUCUGAAAGUGGCACAGGACGUGGGGGGCCUGAUCUUGCCUAUGUGAGGGAUGCAAGCUCCUUGGGAGAAAUGGAAGGUAUAGGUACUGUAGCAGUUCACCGAAAAGGCAAGUUUUAUGGAAAGAAGGUAAGAGUUGAGAAGAUCGGAAAUAGUCAGUCUGAUGGUGGUGGAGAAGCAUGUAGUGGCACUGAAGAAGAACAAAAGGUCAGAACUUUGAAGGGAAAAGUUAAAAUUGAGAUGUCUAAUGCAAAAAUUGAUGAGACUUCUUGCCGGGGCCAAAGGAAGAGAAGCAAGAAACUUUUCUCAGAUGAUAAACAUGAUGACUUCAUCGGUCUUCAAACAUUGGCUCUUGUUUCUGCAAUGGAAUUUGAAUCAUCUGCCCAGUUGGAUGAAGAAAGAACUGCCCAAACUGAGGACGACAAGUGCAGUGUACCUGAAUCUGCAUCAAAUAGUCAUCAUAGAGGAAGAACUAAACUCUCCAGGCAGAAAGAAAAGGCAAUAAGUGGAGUUGACGGUAUAACCUCAAGAAAAUCUAAGCUUGGAAGAUACCCACUAAUUUCUACUAAACCUGUCUCUGAAGCAAAUAAACAGCCUCAGUCCAUCAGCAAUGGUACUCUGAAAAGAAAACGCGAGGCUUUGGUAUCAAAGGUUCUGGAUGAUGAGGAGAUUACACCUGUGGUUAAAGGCAGACACAGUGGUCAAAUUUCUUCUCCUUCAAAACAAUUAAAUUCAUUAGAAUUGCCAGAGGGUUCUUCUUUCAGUGGUGAUCAGAAAAAUGUACCAAAUGAUCUAGCAACUGCACAAGUUCCUGUUGCAAGCCAAGUUAUCUUACCAACCAGAAAGGGAAGCAGACGCAAGAUGGAUUUAAAGAGAGCAAUGAUCCCAAAAGUGGGGAAAUCUUCUGUAAACAUUCGGACAAAUCAAAUUAAUAGGCAAGAUGGAGCAAUCCACCUAAAGGACAAGCUUUCUUGUGGUCUAUCAUCUCCUAUGGUUCGCAGAUGGUGUGCAUUUGAAUGGUUUUACAGUGCAGUUGACUACCCUUGGUUUGCUAAAAGGGAGUUUGUGGAAUAUUUAAAUCAUGUUGGUCUUGGGCACAUUCCAAGGCUGACUCGUGUAGAAUGGGGAGUCAUAAGAAGUUCUCUUGGCAGACCUCGAAGGUUUUCUGAACGUUUUAUACAUGAAGAAAGAGAAAAACUCCAGCAGUAUAGAGAAUCUGUGAGAAAACAUUAUAUGGAGCUCCGAAUGGGUUUAAGGGAAGGACUUCCAACAGAUUUAGCAAGACCCUUAUCAGUUGGACAGCGAGUAAUUGCUAUUCAUCCCAAAACAAGAGAACUUCAUGAUGGAGGUGUACUCACUGUGGAUCAUGACCAGUGCAGGGUUCAGUUUGAUCGUGCUGAGUUAGGAGUUGAAUUUGUUAAGGAUAUAGAUUGCAUGCCUUCAAAUCCACUGGAUAACAUGCCAGAAGCUCUUAGGAGACAGAGAAUUUCUGUUCUGCCCAGGGAACUGCUAGUGAAUGGAAAGUCAAACGCGGGAGUGUUCACUGCAAGUGAACAUCUGAGGAAUGCACUGAGUCCCAAGAAUGCUUUGGUAAAGCAGGCACAGGUCGAGGUAAACUGUGCCAUCCCGCUUGCCAAGGGAGUAUCUACUGACAUUGUUAAUGUACAAGGAGUCUGUAGUCAACCUUCUAUGGUAGCUCAGAUCCAACCAAAGGAAUCUAACAUACAAGCUCUAUCUGAACUGAAUCGCGCUCUUGAUAGAAAGGCAUCUUCUGCUUUACUCCAUCUGAGGCAACAUAAUACUUACCCCAUAAACAACCUGCCUGGUUGGCUGAAACCCCCAGCCAAUUCCUGUUUCUCUGGUAUGCCAAGACCUCAUACUAGUUCUUUUGUUUCUCAAGAAUCAGGAUCUGCUGUACUUGAGAUUGUCAGAGGCUCGAGAUUAAAGGCACAUAAUAUGGUAGAUGUUGCUGUCCAGGCAAUUUCAUCCAUGAAAGAAGGCGAAGAUACCUUUGUGAGAAUUGGUGAGGCUUUAGAUUCUAUGGAUAGAAGGCAUUUGGGAUCAGAAUAUAGGGUACAAAUGAUCAGGGCCCCAGAGGGGGCUAGUGGUGGUUUACGUCUUCAAAACCAGUUGAUUCCCAGCACGUCAGAGCCUCAGGUUAACAGUAAUGCAUCUAGGCCCCAAUCAAAUGAUUCUGACAAAACAGAGACAGUAAUUCCUUCAGAGCUUAUAUCAUCAUGUGUGGCUGCUUUGCUCAUGAUACAGACAUGCUCUGAACGACAGUAUCCUCCAUCUGAUGUGGCUCAGAUAAUCGAUUCUGCUGUUACUAGCUUGCAACCUUGCUGUCCGCAAAAUCUGCCAAUAUAUAGAGAGAUACAAAUGUGCAUGGGAAGAAUCAAGACUCAAAUACUAGCUCUAAUACCAACAUGAAUCUGCUGUCUUCUGUUGUCCCCUGCCAUCAACCCUUGUAUAUAUGGAAUCUUGGUUUCAGCUUCAGUUCCCAGCAUCUCCAAACACCCCCCCCCCCCUUUUAGGUAAUUGCUAAUGAGGAUUAUCAAUCAUAGAGUUAAUAAUAUCCCUACAAGGUAGAGUAGUUCUCUCUCCCCUUCAUUUAUCUAUCUAAUUCUCCCUCUAACUAGAAUGCUGUUAUCUUCAGCGAGAAAAUUUUGCUCCUUUUCUAUAUUUUUUUUUGUAGUUUUUGUUUCAUUUGAAUAAAGGGAAGAAAUGGUUUCUAGAGAA